CCUCAGCUGCAUCAUCAACCUCUUCAGAGCCCCAACUGUGCAUAGUUUGGUUCGCAACAAAAACCAUGUGCAGAUCAGAUAAAAUUUUACAGCAAAGGUGGCUUUGAGGCUUUUAUUUUGGAAAAACAUCUGCUAAUACUGACUUUACGUCCAGUGAAUCAUGUGAAUAACUUCAUUUUAUGCACCCUGCGGUUCAGAAACGAUUAAAACAACAUCCUGCAAGCAUCUGAAUGGGUUUCAAAUCUUCCAAGCGACUUCAUGUGUGGAUCAGCCAAUAACCAAUCAAGGAAUAAAACCAAGAUAUCCUUGGAAGUCAUGAAAGGAAAAUGACUUGUGGAACAUCCUAAUUGGGCAGAGGUCGUUGAAAUGUGCAGCACGCCUUCAGACAAGACUUAGCAGUAUAAACAGAAGAUCGUCUGUCUGGCACACAUAAGGAAACACAUGAAAGUGCUGAACCUUCGCGGACACUGGAAUCACUGUCCUUCGUGGUUCAGUCAUUUAGUCAACAAAAGUCAGAGUUUAAAACUUCAUCUUUGAACUCUUCAGUCUGUGAGUGCUGAAUUAACUUUUAUACGCAUAACAUACACAGAAAUAUGAACGGGAUGUCAGAAGUCUCGGUGAAGUGUGUGCUGGUGGGAGACACCGCGGUGGGCAAGACGGCCCUGUUGGUUCGCUUCACCUCGGAGACGUUCCCGGACUGUUACAAGCCCACAGUUUUCGACAACGUGGGCGUGGAUGUCUACAUGGACGGGGUUCAGAUCAGCCUCGGACUAUGGGACACGGCCGGGAGCGAAAGCUUCCGGCAGACCCGCCCCAUGUCCUACCAGCAGGCUGACGUGGUGCUGAUCUGCUACUCGGUGGCUAACCCGGCCUCAUUCGCCAGCGUGCGUCGCCGAUGGAUCGACGAGGUGAAGGAGCACCUCCCCCGGGCACCAGUGCUGGUGGUAGCGACGCAGACGGACCAGCGUGAGACAGGGCCGAACCGGGCCAACUGCGUGUCCUCUUCCGACGGGAAGCAGCUUGCUCAUGACAUCCAUGCCAAAGGCUAUCUGGAGUGCUCGGCGCUAAGCAACCGGGGCGUGCAGCAGGUGUUCGAGUGUGCUGUGCGGACUGCUGUCAACAAGACCAAGAGAGGAAGGACACGCCGGAGGGUCUUCAACGUCAACCAAUGCAAGAUAUUUUAAUGGGCUCAUAAUUUUCUAAUUUCAAAAGGUUGUAGAUGUUAUUGUGGCUGAGUCUGAGGACACUUGGUCUGCCAUUGGAUGAGCAUUUACGUAUGCGAAAUAAGACGUAUAGUAGGCCUACUGGAGAAGCAUACGCAUACUAAAAAAGUAAGCUAAAAUACACUGGGAUGCAAGGUAAUUGCAGACUGUAUAUAAGUUUAGGCAUUAUUUAAAGAUUUUGUCACUGUAGUUUGACAUGCUUGCUGGGUCAACUCUUUGCUUAUGUCUGUUUGAUGUGUAUUCUGCUCGUAACAUUUGCAAUACGGGAAGAGAACAAUAGCACUACUGUGAAUAUGCUUAUAUUUAGCAAAUAAUACUAAAAGUUUAUGUCCCACAUUAUGUUUUCAUAUCUUCAUACCUGCUAUAUGUACAUUAAAACAUUUGGAAAUGUAAAA